GCUCAUAGCUGGCAGCCUGGAAUCAAGAACCCAUACCGCGGGGUUGUGGUGUGGCCUGUUCCUGAAAACGUUGAAAUUACCGUGACGCUUUUUAAGGAUCCCCACGCUGAAGAGUUUGAAGACAAAGAAUGGACGUUUGUCAUAGAGAAUGAAUCUCCUUCUGGACGCAGAAAAGCACUUGCCACCAGCAGCAUUAACAUGAAGCAAUAUGCAAGCCCCAUGCCUACACAGACAGAUGUCAAGUUAAAAUUCAAGCCUUUGUCUAAGAAAGUGGUAUCUGCCACACUACAGUUCUCUUUAUCCUGUAUUUUCCUGAGGGAAGGAAAAGCCACGGAUGAAGACAUGCAAAGCCUGGCUAGUUUGAUGAGUAUGAAACAAGCUGAUAUUGGAAAUCUAGAUGAUUUUGAGGAAGACAAUGAAGAAGAUGAAGAAAACAGAGUGAAUCAAGAGGAAAAGGCUGCAAAAAUUACAGAGCUUAUCAAUAAGCUUAAUUUUCUGGAUGAAGAGGAGCAAGACCUGGCCAACUCUAGUACGAACCCUUUUGGUGAUCCUGACACAGCAGAAUUAAAUCCAUUUGGAGACCCUGAUGUAGAAGAACUGGACACUGAAAUAGCUUCAUCUUCAAAGCCAGAAGAAAGUUUCUCUGCUGACAAUUACAAUCCCUUCAAGGACGAAGAUACCCCAGAGUACUUGAACCCAUUUGAUGAGCCUGACCCUGAGCCUGAAAUGUUUGUAACUGUAAGACAUUCUCCUCCACAACCUGCAAAAAGGAAAAACGUCAGACCAGUAGAUAUGAGCAAAUAUCUCUAUGCAGAUACCUCUAAAACUGAGGAGGAAGAGCUAGAUGAAUCCAAUCCAUUUUAUGAACCAAAAUCAAGCCCUGCUUUAAUUAAAGUUGCUCCACUGCAAGAACCAGAAAAGAAGAUGAAAAGAAAAGCUCCUGAACCACCAAACCUCUUGCCAAAGACAGAGGCAGGCAUGAGUGAGAACAUGUCAGCUAUUCCUGCAUCGAGGGAGCUUUCUUCUUCUCCUAAG